UCCCCUUCUCUAGGGGAUGGGCCCCCGCCUCUGCGCCUCUGCAGAAGAGGGGCUGGAGUUGGGGAGAGGAGGGUCAAGGCCGGGGAGCAUUGAAACCUGAGCUAACCGGCUGCGGGAAGGCUAACAGCGGAAGGCAGGCCUCUCUCCUGAGCUCACAGCUCUGGGAGGGCCUCCUAGGGAGGUGGUAGCGCCCCCGGGGCUACUCCCUCCUUUUAUCUCCUCUGGUCAUAUUUCAGAUCUGCUUUUCUUCGAGCCAGUUCCAGCAGUUGGUGUGACAACAACGCCUCCAGGACUAUGAGUGUGGGCUUCGUUGGGGCAGGCCAGUUGGCUUUUGCCCUUGCCAGGGGCUUCACUGCAGCAGGCAUCCUGGCUUCCCACAAGAUAAUGGCUAGCACUCCUGAUAUGGACCUGCCCACAGUUUCUGCACUCAGGAAGAUGGGUGUGAAGCUGACCCCCCACAACAAGGAAACAGUGCAGCACAGUGAUGUGCUCUUCCUAGCUGUCAAACCUCACAUUAUUCCCUUCAUCCUCGAUGAGAUUGGGUCUGAUAUCAAGGACAGACACAUCGUGGUCUCCUGUGCUGCUGGUGUCACUAUCAGCUCCAUUGAGAAGAAACUGACAGCAUUCCAGCCAGCCCCCAAAGUCAUCCGAUGUAUGACCAACACCCCUGUAGUAGUCCGGGAAGGAGCCACAGUAUAUGCCACUGGUACCCAUGCCCUGGUGGAGGAUGGGAAACUCCUGGAACAGCUAAUGAGCAGUGUGGGCUUCUGCACAGAAGUGGAAGAAGACCUGAUAGAUGCUGUCACGGGACUCAGUGGCAGUGGCCCUGCCUAUGCAUUUAUGGCCUUGGAUGCACUAGCAGAUGGUGGGGUGAAGAUGGGCCUCCCAAGGAGACUGGCAGUCCGCCUGGGUGCACAGGCCUUACUGGGAGCUGCUAAGAUGCUCCUGGACUCCGAACAGCACCCCGGACAGCUCAAGGACAAUGUUUGCUCCCCUGGGGGAGCCACCAUUCAUGCUUUGCACUUCUUGGAAAGUGGUGGUUUUAGAUCCUUACUCAUCAACGCCGUUGAGGCCUCCUGCAUCCGGACCAGGGAGCUGCAGUUCAUGGCUGACCAAGAGAAGAUCUCCCCAGCUGCCAUCAAGAAAACCGUCCUGGAUAAGGUGAAGCUGGAGUCACCUUCUGUUUCUACACACUCACCUUCCUACAGAGUCAAGCUGUUUAAUCGCACCCAGGCCCCUGGGGGAAAGAAAGAUUGAGAUGGGUUGGUCUAGUCUGUUACCUGCAACCCUUCCCUGCCCGCCUGGUACUCACUCUCUUUGGGCUCCUCGUCACUUCUAGUCCCUUGUAACUCAGGGAGAGGUGUCUCUGUAGCAGUCAUAUCCCCGCAUAAGGAAACUACUGUUAAAUGUCUUUAUAUCAGUGUAGAGAUGGGCCUAAGUGCAUUGAUUUAACCAGAUUUAAAGUAAUCUUUUCUCUCGUAUGAUGAAAGACAGAAAAGCUAGGAGUAGCUUUCAGUGGCAGUGCCAGUGAAGAAACCCUGUAACCACUUGAAUUUGAAUGAAAGGUGUCAGAUUGCA